UAAAAAGAUAGAACAAGGAUAGUACAAGGAAGAACAGCAGAUAAACUAGAUCCGAGAAAGAGGUACCCAGAUUGCAGAAAAGAACCAAAACGCGCAGAACAAUGAAAUAGUAUGAAAAAGUUUUCAACUUGUGAGAGAAAACAAAACAAAACCAGAUUGGUGUUUUGUUCGGUAAUUGGUACUGGCUAGUUUUCCGAGGUUGUUUUUGUUGUCAUGUCCAUGGCAAAAGUGGAAGAAGAGGAACAACCCACUUCACCAAUUCACACAUCACCUUCCUCUUACGUGCUACUGCUUCAAAUCAUGAGCAAAAGAAAAACCUGGGUGUGCAUCUUUGUGCUUGUUUAUGGCUUGCUCUUCACAUCUUCGUGGAAUUUUCUCAAGUCCAUGGUUUCGUGGUACAAGUUGCGAGCUGCAGAGUCAUCAAUAACUUCGUGGUGGCCUGCACUCUAUGCCUCGGUGCUUCUUGGUGCGGUUUUUGGGGUGCUUUCGAUGGUUGCAGCUCUUGCUGUGGUUGUUCCUGCGGUUCUGGUGACGUGGAUCGCCUUAGUGGGGUUGUUGGCUUUCUUUGGUAAGCCUAAGAGGACUUUGGUUGUGGAGGGAAGAAUGAUUACCAAAGAGAUUUUUGGUUUUGUGAUGCAGGUUUUGCUGAAAGAAGGGAACAUUGUGGCUGCUGUUUGUGCUGUUUUGGGGUACUUCGUUCUUGGGAGAACGAAUGGGAAGGGUGUUGACAGAAUUGGGUGUGUGAGUUUGGUGAUUAAUUCUGAUGCAAUGGUUAGUUUGUAGGAUUUCGGUAAUGUGGUGGUGGUGGACUGGUGGUUAUUGUGGUUUGGUUAAGUGUCUUGAUAUAUUUUUUAGCAUUUGUUUAGAAUUUAGAGUGAGACUUAGAUUAGGUACGUGUCUUUUGUUUCUUCAAGUAUGUGUUCCGGAGGUUGUGGUCUUGUUUUCUUUCUGUCAACUAGUGAAUUUAGCGAAGUGUUGCUAAAAGAUUGUAAAUUUGAAGCUUUGAAACAUAAAAAAGAAAAAGAAAUUAAUGAGCUGCA